AUGGGGAACGAGUGGCAUGUGCCCUCAGGAGAAACCCUGGAGGCUGAGGGAUGGGUAUGGGGAUGUUGGGGCUACAGAUGGGGAUUAACUGCCUGUCUCCUCGCCUCGUGCCACAAACCUACCGGAUCAUGAUGGCUAAUCCAACACAUUCUAUUUCCCCAUCUAUUCCCCCCCCCCCCACGUCUGUGACCAUAGGACCAAGAUUUUAACUCAACACCUCACUACUGCUGACUCAGGCAUGCUGAACACACACCUUGAAUGAUGUGUUCUCAUUGUUGUUGUCACUCACUCUGUCUUUCUCUCUCCCUCCCUCCUUCUCGCUCUCCCUCCCUCCUUCACUCUUUCCCUCCCUCCUUCACUCUUUCUCUCCCUCCUUCACUCUUUCUCUCCCUCCCUCCCUCCUUCACUCUCUCUCUCUCUCCCUCCCUCCCUCCUUCACUCCCUCCCUUUCUCUCUCCCUCUCUCCCUCCUUCACUCUCUCCCUCCCUUUCUCUCUCCCUCCCUCCCUCUCUCCCUCCCUCUCUCCCUCCCUCUCUCCCUCCUUCACUCUCUCGCCCUCCUUCACUCUCUCUCGCCCUCCUUCACUUUCUCUCCCUCCCUCCUUCACUCUCCUCCUCCACUCUCUCUCCCUCUUUCUCUCUCCCUCCUUCACUCUCUCCCUUUCUCUCUCCCUCCUUCACUCUCUCCCUCCCUUUCUCUCUCCCUCCUUCACUCUCUCCCUCUCCCUCCUUCACUCUCUCUCUCCCUCCCUUUCCCUCCCUCUGCAGAAUGAGACAAGGGAGUCCUUGCUGGGUUUUAACAUGGUAAACUACAGAGCCUGUAAGAACCUAUGGAAGACCUGUGUAGAACACCACACCUUCUUCCGUCUGGACCGGCCCGUUCCCCAUCAGAAGAACUUCUUUGCCCACUAUUUUACCCUAGGCUCCAAGUUCCGUUACUGGUAAGAGAAAAUCCCCAUUGCCACACGUGCAUGCACCAACGCGCGUGCACUAUACCUACAAAGCACUGAAAUGUCGACACAGGUCAAAUGUUUGCUAGGUCACGAUGAGUGGCAUCUAUAGUCAGUGUUUGGGGAGUUCCGUUAGCGGUUGCCUGUCGUGCUCUCAUCUUUGGAAAGGUAGAUUAAUUAUUAACGAUGCCCCAAAACUGAUCUUGUUUUUCUUCAGUCCUUUCGAAACGCUUUUGGGGGAAAAUGAGUUAUUCUAUUAUUCAUAUGGAUUCACUUCUCAGAUUAGAAAUAGUACAAACAAACAUAAACUGUUCAUUGUUGAAGUACUUGAGCAUUUGCUUUGAGCUGUGCAGGGGAUGGGGGUGGUAAGGGGGCCAAGAGUUUCGUCCUUCUAGAUUGUGCUGUGAGAUAUUGGUGAAACAGAAACAGAGUGGUGAGGUUUUUUAUGCAUUUUUUAAGCUCCAGUUGGGAUGUGAGGUGCAGCACAGCACAGCAGUUUGGAAGAUGUGGCUGAAUGUUACUAAAAUGAUGGUUGGAUGUUGUUUGAACGUGUUCUCUGCAGCGGGAGGACAGAGGUGCAGUCGGUGCAGUAUGGCAAAGAGAAGGGAAUCAAGAACAGGGUGUUUGCCAGGUAAUGCAACUCAACACUAUACUGUAUAUGUCCAGUGCCUGUAGAAAGUCUACACCUACCCUUGGAUUUCUGUACAUUUUAUUGUGUUACGAAGUGGGAUUAAAAUGGAUUAAUUGUUAUGUUUUGUCAACGAUCUAUACCAAAUACUCUGUCAAAUAAGAAAAAUACUAAUCUUUUUUAAAGAUUAAUGAAAAAUAAAACACUAAUAUAACUUGAUUAGAUAAAAGUAUUCACGCCCCUGAGUAAAUAAAUGUUAGAAAUCCCCUGUGAGUCUACUUGGAUAAGUCUCUAAGAUAUGUGUUUCCUGUCUGAGUAGGUCUCCCAGUAAGCCCAUGGCCAGGAAGUUGAUGGGCGGGACAGACUGGGAGGCGCUGAGCAGGAACAGCCUAUCAGACGAGAGGCUGGAGACCCAGAGCCUGCCCACACGUUCCCCACCCGGUACCCCUAACCAGUGAGUACCUGGCUGUCACUCCUCCUUAUAUACCCUGUCCUAAUAUAAUGCCCACACCUCCGAGAGGGAGAGACACACUGUGAGGGAGUCCCUGUUCCAAUACCGUCAGUAAUGGAAGUCACACUUUUCAUAGCAUGGGCAAAGGAAAAGGAAUUCUACACAUUCAAAUGUUUCACAGAAGCUGGACAAAACAUAAUUGAAUCAAAAGAAAAUGGAAGUCUUCAAACAGUGUGGAUACCGUACAUUCAUUUGCUUUGAUUCCACACACAAUCCAACUAACCACCAUUUUGUGUGUUUGCCUGCAGCCGGAACUCGUUGUUCGUACAGGAGGGGACGCGGAUGCGGCCGUUGUCGGUGGGGCACCUGGUGGACCACGUGAUCCACGCCUCGCCCAGUCUCCUCGUCUUCUCCAAUCACAAAUCGGCGUCCUCCACCCAGGCCAACUCCAUCAGCCUCGACUCCAGCCCGUAAGUCUGCUGCCGCACACACAUGCCAAUCACAAGUCAGCCUCAUCCACUCACGCCAACUCCAUCAGUCUGGACUCCACCUGUCAUUCUGACCUCUAGUGGACACUGGACACACUGCAGUAGUCAGGAAGAUGAGAAGGGUGGUGGUUAUCAGUGGCCCUGUUGACAUGACUGUAUGAUCUGACCAGGAACAACUCGGGCCCCUAGUUCUAUCCCAGUACGAGAGACUAGGCCUACAUUAAAGCAAUAUACAGCAAACGAGUGCUCUAAGCAAGACUGACAAACAAUCUAAUGGAAGUUGUCUCUGACCAGCGUUUCCCUCCCUACAAAACACCACCAUAGCUGUUAAUGUGGGUGAAAGUUGGUGACUGUGCCUAUAUUCCACUGUUAAAGUCCCCACUAAAGCCGCUGUCUAAAAAUCUAUGGAAGCCACAUUUAAUUGGACUUGACAGUACCAGUGCCAUGGUGUCUGCUCAGACUUCUGAAACUGCUGCUUUUGAACAGUUUAAUGAGCUUAAAUGGAAACAGAGUCUUUGAACUGGGGCUAUUAAAAGUGUUUACAGCUCUGGGGGCAUGGAGGGGGUUCGGCAGGGUGUGGGAUGGUAGACCCAUAAAAAGAAGGCCUUUGGCCUGUCUCUGACUGGGAGCCGUAUACCCCUCUUAGGUCAAAAUGCCCCAGGCCCGUGGCUGUAGUCUACUGCAGUAGUGGUCCACUGAUAUCUGAGAGUAGCUUAACCCCUAGUGUCUCUUAGGGCAGAACCCCCUAGUGUCUCUUAGGGCAGAACCCCCUAGUGUCUCUCAGGGCAGAACCCCCUGGUGGCUGUACUGUGGCAGAGUGGCAUAACCCCUGGGCUACUAUUGUCCCACCCCGUCCUUGUCCCACCCCGUCCUUGCCCACCCCGUCCUUGUCCCACCCCGUCCUUGUCCCACCCCGUCCUUGUCCCACCCCCUGGCCUCCCUCUGCUCUAAACCCUAACCUCAACCUCCAGACAACCCUGUACUCCAGUUAUUUUGUCUGUUAUGUUCGUUGAGAUGCCUUUCAAAGCUCCGGUAACUGUUUAUUAUUAGGCUAGAUUGGGUAAGCAGGGAGGGUAUUUAUAUGUUCUGCAGAAGGGUUAUCUUACCAAGAACUGUGUCGCAAGCACUAAUACAAAUACCACACCUCUAAUGCGAAUGGAGGGAGUAGUUCAGAGUUCCCUCACUUAGACUCCCAAUUUAACGUUGAACAUUUUAGUCAUUUAGCAGACGCUCUUAUCCAGAGCGACUUUUUCAUACAUUUUUCUUACUUAACCUAUGCAUAUACACAGAGGCACACCCACACUCAGCCUAUAUACUCUCCCUCCCUCUUUCACUCUCCUUUCACUCCUGCAUGCACACACACAAACGCAUACACACGCUUGCACGCACCCACAUUCUGUGCCAAGCCAUUUGCUCGUCACGUCACUGAUCCAGAAGAUGACAUAACCACCUGCUCAGGCAUCUCUCUCUCUCUCUCUCUCCUCUCCUCUCUCUCCUCAUCGUCUCCUCUCUCUCCGCUCUCUCCUCCGGGGGCUCCUCCAUCUCCUCUCCUCUCCUACUCUCUCUCCUCCUCUCUCCUCUCUCCUCCCUCUCUUCUCUUCCUCUCCCCUCUCUCUCCUCCUCCUCUCCUUCUCGCUCCUCCUCUCGCCUCUCUCUCUCUCCAUCUCUCUCAUCUCCCUCCUCCUCUCUCUCUCUCUCUCUCUCGUCCCUCCUCCAUCUCUCCCUCUCUCCUCCCCUCUCUCCUACUCCUCUCCUCUCUUGCCCCUCUCCUCUCUCUCAAAUAAACAUCAAAACAACUAUAUUCCCCAUCACAGCAUUAGCUCAGUAAGAUGAGGUUUCAGAUGGUGGAAACCAAUGCAACCAGGUCAUGUGAUACCUCCCUUCUGCAACCUGAUCUGUGAACCAGGAAAAACACCCCACCACACUAUCACGUGACAGGCUGCUGACCCCAGCCUGACCUUUAAAAAACUAAGAGAAGGUUGACCGUUCCCUGACUUCAGUCAUGGGGGGGGGGGGGCUUUAGGCCUUUAUAUCUUACUGUCUUGAUGUAAUUAGCUAAAUAAAGCCCUGUCUGUUGUUGUACAGCUAAUUAUUUCAGCUGAUUAUCCAGCAUUUCAGACAAAUACUCUAGCUCGAGCUAGUAUUUGAAGAAGUUUGUUACUGUGUAUGUUCCUGGGGUCAGUCUUAGUGAGCAGUAGUCCCUCCCUCUCCCUUCCCUCCCCCCUCCCCUCUCCCCCUUCCCCUUCCCUCUCCCUCCCCCUUCCCUUCCCUCCCUCUCCCUCCCUCCUCCCCUUCCCUUCCCUAUCCCUCCCCCCCUUCCCUCUCCCUCCCCCUUUUCUUCCCCCAUCCCCCCCCCCCCUCCCCCCUCCCCCUCCCCCCUUUCCCCCGUUUCUCCCCCUUUCCCUUCCCUUCCUUUCCCUCCUCCCCUUCCCUCCCCUCUCCCUCCCCCCUUCCCUCUCCCGCCCCCUCCCUCCCCCCCGUCCCUCUCCCCCCUUCCCUCCUCCCUCCCCAUUCCCCCCUUCCUCUCCUUCCUCUUCCUUCCCCACCGCUCUCCCUCCCCCUUCCCUCUGCCCUUCCCCACCGGCCUCGCACUCCCCCUUUCCCCUCCUCCCCUCUCCCCUCCCUUCCCUUCUCCCCUUCCUCUCCCUUCCCCGCCGUUUCUUCCCCCCUUCCCUCUCCCUUCCCUCUGCCUGCCUUCCCCACCGCUCUCCUUCCUCCUCCCUUCCCUCUGCCUUCCCCACCGCUCGGCCCUCCCCCCCUUUUUUUCCCCUCUCCCUCCCCCCCCUCUCCCCCUUUCCCUCUCCCUCCCCCCCUUUCCCCUCCCUCCCCCCUUUUCUCCCCCUUCCCUCUCCCUUCCCUCUGCCUUCCCCACCGCUCUCCCUCCCCCCACCGCUCUCCCUCCCCCUUCCCUCUCCCUCCCCUCUCCCCCUUCCCUCUCCCUCCCCUCUCCCCCCUUCCCUCUUCCUCCCCCUUCCCUCUUCCUCUCCCCCUUCCCUCUGAAGUCUGUGUAGUGUCUGUUUAUUUUGAGUGAGGUGCCUGUAUGUCCCUCCUGCAGGGUCACCCCUCCCUCCCCACCAGUGUCUCCUGUGUUGUGACACCAGCCUGGCAUACAGGACGCCAAACAAAGACAAUGUGCUGUGACUGUUCCUGACUGGCCUCUAGUCCCCCUGGGAUUUCUGUGGUUGAGUGACUGAGAUGGUUAGGUACACUGUACACAACACACACCCACUGUGACUGGGAUGGUUAGGUAGUUACACAGUACAACACACACACACACACACACACACUGUCUCUCUCUGUUGGAGGAUGUGCUCUAGGAGCUCUGCUCUGCUAUUAGCCAAUGGCCACGGGCAACUGGAGUUUCUGCUUAUCCAAGAGCUCUGAUUGGCUGAAUGGCUUACUGAGCUCUGUUGUUAGCUCUGUUGUAUUUUAGGAAAUGGAACGUGCCUUAUCUUGAAAAAAGAUCAAGGACUGAAAAGGGACUGACUGGCUGACAGAUAGACUGAAGGUACUGUACCAUUCGCUAACACUGUCUGUGUAUCUCUCUCCAGCUCCCCAGAGACAGUAGAUGGUCGGCCCCCGGCCCUGCCUCCCAAACAGUCCAGGAAGAACCUGAGCCAGAUCAUCCUGGCCCACUCCCAGCAGAGUCUCCUAGACAACCACAUCAAUGAGAUGUACGACAUCCCCAUGGCAACCGACAAGACCAUGGUAAGUCCACCCUGACUCAAUCUACCACUGUUUUCAUUUUGUUUCAUUAUUUAUUUAUUCAGCUGGACCCAAAUGACUUAGAACUAGGGCCAGGGUUUUUCUGACCUUUUGACCUGUGAAGCACUCUGGGUCCUUCAGAGGCUCUUUAGGCUGUCAGGAGCUUACGUCCUUUCCAAUGUAGACAUGUAUUAACACAUCCCUAUGUCUUUCUCUACAGUUGAACGGUGUUGUCCCUCACGACAAUCUGGUGCUGGUCAAGAUGAGGCCGGAUGACAACAGACGAUUUGGCUUCAACGUCAAGGUGAGCCGACAAGGUGAAAAAUCUAUCGAUGUGCCCUUGAGCAAGGCACUUAAACCUAAUUUGCUCCAGGGGUGCUGUACUACACAUUUCACUGCACCUAUCCGGUGUAUGUGGCAAUGAAACAUCUUUAUUAUUAUAUAUUUUUAAAUAUAUAAUACUAUGCCAUGGCAAUGCCCUGAGGGUAAUCGCCUAAUCCUACUGCUCCUAAUCCUGACCUUUUGACUUGACCAAGAAAAGCUGGUGAUAUGGUCAGAUUGUUUAGCCCUCUCCAUUGCCUUGGUUUUAGGGUGGAGCUGAUCAGAAGGUGCCGGUCAUCGUGUCUCGUGUGGCCCCUGGGACAUCGGUAUGUUGUAACACUAUCACCAACACCCCAUACAUUUACAGUACACAUACUCAUGUUCUUUCUCUCUCAGAUACUCAGAAACACGCUCUCACUUUCCCUAUCACUUCUGCCCUCACACUCACAUUCUUUCUACCCGUCAUCUCUCUCGCUAUUUCUCUCUCCAUCUUUCCCUUCUAUCUGUCUCUCUUUCCCUCCCUCUGUCUUGUUCCCUCUCACGCUCUCUCAUUCCAACACACACAUAUUCACACGCUGUAUGAAACGUUCCAUUGUUUGGAGCGAGAAGUAAGAUGAGCCAGUCAUACGGUAGACUCACACUUGUCUGUCAAUGUAAAGUGCAUUGAACUGGUCUGAUUUGACAUCACUCAGAAAUCAAAUCAAAUUUGAUUGAUCACAUACACAUAUUUAGCAGAUGUUAAUUGUGGGUUAGAGAAAUUAUUGUGUUCCUAGCUCCAACAGUGCAGUAAUAUCUAACAAUACACACAAAUCUAAAAAAGUAAAAUAAUGUAAUUAAGAAAUAUAUAAAUAUUACAACGAGCAAUGUCGGAGUCCGGAGUAUAAAUGUAUAUAUAUAUAUAUGUGUAAUGGGAUGUAUAGACACUAUUGACAGUAUGUGGAUAGAAUAUGUAGUAUGUCUGAAGAAUACGUAGGUACAGCAAUAGUUAAAUACGAUAGGCCUUGACUAGAAUACAGUAUAUACAUAUGAAGUGGGUAAAACAUUAUGUAAACAUUAUUAAAGUGACCAGUGUUCCAUUUAUUAAAGUGACCAGUGUUCCAUGUCUAUGUACAUAGGCAGCAGCCUCUAAGGUGCAGAGUUGAGUAACCGGGUGGUAGCCGGCUAGUGACAGUGACUAAGUUCAGGGCAGGGUACUGGGCGGGGCCGGCUAGUGGUGACUAUUUAACAGUAUGAUGGCCUUGAGAUAGAAGCUGUUUUUCAGUCUCUCGGUCCCAGCUUUGAUGCACCUGUACUGACCUCGCCUUCUGGAUGGUAGCGGGGUGAACAGGCUGUGGCUCGAGUGGCUGAGUUCCUUGAUUAUCUUUUUGGCCUUCCUAUGAGACCGGGUGCUGUAGAUGUCCUGGAGGGCAGGCAUUGGGCCCCUGGUGAUGUGUUGGGCAGACCGCACCACCCUCUGGAGAGCCCUGCGGUUGCGGACGGUGCAGUUGCCGUACCAGGCAGUGAUACAGCCCGAUAGGAUGCACUCAGUGGUGCAUCUGUAAAAGUGUGUGAGGGUCUUAGGGGCCAAGCCGAAUUUCUUCAGCCUCCUGAUGUUGAAGAGACGCUGUUGCACCUUCUUCACCACACAGUCUGUGUGGGUGGACCAUUUCAGUUUGUCAGUGAUGUGUACGCCGAGGAAUUUGAAGCUUUUUACCUUCUCCACUGUGGCCCUGUCGAUGUGGAUGGGAGAGUGCUCCCACUGCUGUUUCCUGAAUUCCACAAUCAGCUCCUUCGUUUUGUUGACGUUGAGGUUAUCUUCCUGGCACCACUCCGCCAGGGCCCUAACCUCCUCCCUGUAGGCUGUCUCGUCGUUGUUGGUAAUCAGGCCUAGGACUGUUGUCGUCUGCAAACUUGAUGAUUGAGUUGGAGACGUGCGUGCCCACGCAGUCAUGGGUGAACAGGGAGUACAGGAGGGGGCUGAGCACGCACCCUUGUAAGGCCCCUGUGUUGAGGAUCAGCGUAGUGGUGUUGCCUACCUUCACCACCUGGGGGCGGCCCAUAAGGAAGUCCAGGACUUAGUUGCACAGGGCGGGGUUCAGACCCAGGGCCUCAAGCUUAAUGAUGAGCUUGGAGGGUACUAUGGUGUUGAAGACUGAGCUGUAGUCUAUGAACAGCAUUCUUGCGUAGGUAUUCCUCUUGUCCAGAUUGGAUAGGGCAGUGUGCAGUGCGAUGGCGAUUGCGUCAUCCGUGGAUCUAUUGGGGCAGUAUGAAAAUUGCAGUGGGUCUAGGGUGUCGGGUAAGGUAGAGGUGAUAUGAUCCUUAACUAGCCUCUCAAAGCAGUGAGUGCUACAGGGCGAUAGUCAUUUAGUUCAGUUACCUUCACUUUCUUGGAUAUGGUGGACAUCUUGAAGGAAAUGGGGACAGCAGACUGGGAUAGGGAGAGGUUGAAUAUGUCCGUAACACUCCAGCCAGCUGGUCUGCACAUGCUCUGAGGACGCGGCUAGGGAUGCCGUCUGGGCCGGUAGCCUUGCAAGGGUUAAUACGCUUAAAAUGUCUUACUCACGUCGGCCACGGAGAACAAGAGCUCACAAUCCUCUGAAGCGGCUGUGGCCUGCGUCGGCGCCAGUGUGUUUUCCUUGAAGGGGGCGAAGAAGGUGUUUAGCUUGUCCGGUAGCAAGGUGUCGUUGUUCGCAACGUGGCUGGUUUUCCCUUUAUAAUUGUGAUUGUCUGGAGUCCCUGCCAUAUACGCCUUGUGUCUGAGCUGUUGAAUUGCGACUCCACUUUGUCUCUGUACUGACGAUUUGCCUGUUUGAUUGCCUUACGGAGGGCAUAACUGGACUCUUUGUACUCUACCAUAUUCCCAGUCACAUUGCCGUAGUUAAAUGCGGUGGUUCACGCUUUCAGUGUUGAGUGAAUGUUGACAUCUAUCCAAAUUUGUUGGUUUGGAUAGGUUUUAAUCGUCACGGUGGGAACAACAUCCCCUAUACACUUCCUGAUUAACUUAGUCACCGUGUCGGUGUAUACGUCAAUGUUAUUCUCAGAGGCAACCCGGAACAUAUCCCAGCCUGCGUGAUCAAAACAAUCUUGAAGCAUGGAUUCCGAUUGGUCAGACCAGCGUUGAACAGACCUUACCACGGGUACUUCCUGUUUGAGUUUCUGCCUAUAGGAAGGGAGGAGCAGAAUGGAGGCGUGAUCUGAUUUGCUGAAGGGAGAGCGGGGGAGGGCCCUGUAGCCGUCCCGGAAGGGAGAGUAACAAUGGUCAAGUUUUUGAUGCGCGAGUAGUGCAGGCAAUGUUUUGGUAAAACCUUGGUAGCGUAUUCCUCAGAUUUGCUUUAUUAAAGUCCCCAGCUACAAUAAAUGUGGCCUCAGGAUAUGUGGUUUCCAGUUUGCACAAAGUCUAGUGUAGUUCCUUGAGAACUGUCGUGGUAUCGGCUUAAGGGGGAAUAUACAUGGCUGUGACGAUGGCCGAAGAGAAUUCUCUUGGGAGAUAAUGCGGUCGGUAUUUGAUUGUGAGGUAUUCUAGAUCGAGUGAACAAAAGUAGCAGUCCCGUCACGGCUCAACUUAAAAGGCUUCAGGAUGUUACUCUGAUGUUGAUGAAGUCAAAGAGAAUGAACAGCACUUAGUUCUCUUUGUUGUAAUUUACCACAAGCUAUUGCUACAUAUUCACAAAGAGUCACAGAGUUGGAGCGCUGAUAUAGGAUCAGUUUUGCCUUUGGAUCAUAAUAAAUAAGGUUAUAUGGACGGGGAUAACCUGAUCGCAGAUCAGCACUCCUACUCUGAGAUGCUUUAUGAAUUAGAGGCCCAGUGUUCUAGUCUGUUCUUCCCAGUACCACUCUAACCACUUGACCCAACCGUGUUCUGAUCACGUUCUCCUCCAACCCUCUACAGGCUGAUCUGUGUGUCCCUCGUCUGAACGAAGGUGACCAGGUGGUUCUGAUCAACGGUCGAGACAUUUCAGAGCACACUCACGACCAGGUGGUCAUGUUCAUCAAGGCCAGCUGUGAGAGCCACUCAGGAGAGCUCAUCCUAUUGGUCAGGCCCAAUGGUGAGGAGAGGGUUCCGAUUGGUGACCAAGUAAUCUCCUUGGGUUUACUACAUUUUACAUUUACAUCAUUUAGCAGACUCUCUUAUCCAGAGCGACUUACAGUAGUGAGUGCAUACAUUUUCAUACUGUUUUCGUACUGGUCCCCCGUGGGAAGUGAACCCACAACCCUGGCGUUGGAAGCACUAUGCUCUACCAACUGAGCUACACGGGACCACUAUUAAAAUGUACAGUUAAAACAGGCCAAAUCAUUACAAUAUAGGUAGAAGAACAAGUGACAUCAAACAAAAGAUAGGCUACCUUCAAACAUCCACACUAGCGUAUAGCAUUCCAGUUAGAAUGCAUACCUAAUACAUUGCUUCUUCUUAAGUGGUAUGCUGGUGUGAAUAUUGAAACUGAGCAGAGCCUAAGACUUAUUACAGUAAUAAUAAGAGAUGCAAUUCUUCUCAUGACACUGUUCUAACUAACCAUGUUGCUUCCUUCCAUGUGUCUCCAGCCAUCUAUGACAUGGUGGAUGAGAAGCAGGAGACUGAGCCAGACUUCCAGUACAUCCCAGAGAAGUGUCCCCAGGACCCCAGUCAGCUGGACCAGGACGCCUGGAAGGACUCCAUGAACACCCUAAAGGAGGGUCUGGUCAGCGGGGAAGUACUAGCCCAGUUUGACGUGAGUCAGUCCUCCCCUCACCUCAUCUACAAAUUAAAAGCUUUCGUGAGCAAGACUUCUUCCCAAUGUUCUUGUGAUUUUUGGUUGUACCUCGAGUCAUGUUGGUCUUGUUCAGUUUAUUCUUUUUUGUAUUUUCUGAGGUGACUGGAAAUGUGGUGAGCGCAAUAGCUCCCCCUAGUUUCUGCACUAUUGGUUUCACCUCAUUGAGUGCACAAAGGAGGUUACCACUUUCUGGAGGGAAAUGUUGCUUAGGACUAGUGGUACACAAGUUCUACAGUAUCAGCUUUAUUGCUGUUAUUUACUGUGCCCUCCAAGUGCAGGGUGAUGCCCCUCACUUCUAGGUUAUGGCACAUAAGACAACUACUGUAAUACCUGUUACUGUGUGAGGAAUAAUCACCAAGUCAAGUAGUUUACUCUAUUUAUUUAUUGUAUUUUUACCCCCUUUUUCUCCCCAAUUUCGAUCUUGUCUCAUCGCUGCAACUCCCCAACGGGCUCGGGAGGCGAAGGUCGAGUCAUACGUCCUCCGAAACAUGACCUGCCAAACCAUGCUUCUUAACACCCGCCCGCUUAACCCGGAAGCCAGCUGCCCCAAUGUGUCGGAGGAAACACCGUUCAACUGAUGACCGAGGUCAGCCUGUAGGCACCCGGCCCACCACAAGGAGUCGCUAGAGCGCGAUGAGCCAAGUAAAGACCCCCCCCCCCCCCCCCCCCCCGGCCAAACCCUCCCCUAACCCGGAAGACGCUGGGCCAAUUGUGCGCCGCCCUAUGGGACUACCGAUCACGGCCGGUUGUGACACAGCCUGGGAUCGAACCCGGGUCUGUAGUGACGCCUUAGACCGCUGCGCCACUCGGGGAGGCCCCAAGUAGUUUACUUUAAAACAAUAGGCUAAUUCUUUGAUGCGUCGGCCGCUCGUUGAAGAUGUUGAGAAGCACCAGAGUUAUCAUUUCUUCCUCCGCAUUCUGAUAACUUCCUGUCUUUCAUCAGGCACACUUAACAGCUUACUGUUUCUCUGCCUUGUUGUGUUAUUAGACUAGAAGAAUGUGCUAAAUUGUGAGGGCAAAGGAAACGCGCACACACAUACAGACCAGACAUACCGGUAUGCACUGAGAAAAUGUUUUCCGUUCAUGUGUGGGUUUAUACAAAUAAUUGUGUUUUCGUCUUAAUCCGCUACUGCACUUCACAUACAAUGUAUGUAUGACCAUUUUAAAGAUUAGUAGCAUCUCUUGAAUUCCACACACAGCAGGUGGAAGCAGCUUUAGGGAAAGACGUGGACAUAGAAGGCAUUUUGAUUUUGAACAUUCAGACAUAGCAGGCAUUCGGAUUCUGAACAUUCAGACAUAGCAGGCAUUCGGAUUCUGAACAUUCAGACAUAGCAGGCAUUCGGAUUCUGAACAUUCAGACAUAGCAGGCAUUCGGAUUCUGAACAUUCAGACAUAGCAGGCAUUCGAAUUCUGAACAUUCAGACAUAGCAGGCAUUCGGAUUCUGAACAUUCAGACAUAGCAGGCAUUCGGAUUCUGAACAUUCAGACAUAGCAGGCAUUCGGAUUCUGAACAUUCAGACAUAGCAGGCAUUCUCAGACUGUAUUUACGUAAACAUUUCAUUUUUUAUGCUUUGCCGAAAUAUCAUGGCUCCUUGCUCCACAUUUCUAAAUGUAUUGAGGGGGUUAAAGAACGAGGUGCUUGUGUAGAGUUAAAGUAAGAUUUGAGAUUACCAGUCAAGGUUUUUUUUCUCCUAACGCUUUUAUUAUUUUCUCACAGCAACUUUACCGGAAAAGUCCUGGAAUGACAAUGUUGUGUGCCAAAUUACCUCAAAACAUUUCCAAAAACCGCUACAGAGACAUCUCACCCUGUGAGUAUCACAUCACAGUCUCCAACACACAGUUCACUCUUUACUUUUCUUAGUCUGUGUUAACCCACCAUUUCACACUCCUCUCCUUUCUCUCUCCCCCUCUCUCUCCUUCUCUUUUGUUUUUAGAUGACGCCACGCGGGUCAUUCUGAAAAGCACAGAUGACUACAUCAAUGCAAAUUACAUCAACGUGAGUGGCUCUAACCUCCUCCCUCAUCACAUAUGCUGUUCGCCUCAGUCGACCCACACUACCAUGGACUCUUUGUUCAGCAGGCCUAAAAUAGGCCUCUGUCGGCCAAGAUGGAGGUGUAGUCUCCACUCCAAGGACUGGAAAUGGACACAUGCUCUCAUGCCCACACACUGUUGAUCGUUAACAGCCCAACACACAGGUCUUAUUCUCCUCCCUGUACUGUAGAUGGAGAUCCCGGCGUCCAGCCUGAUCAACCGGUACAUUGCGUGCCAGGGACCGCUGCCCAACACGUGCCCAGACUUCUGGCAGAUGACCUGGGAGCAGGGCUCCUCUAUGGUGGUCAUGCUCACCACCCAGGUGGAGAGGGGACGGGUAUGUACAGUAGGGUUAGACAUGUACUGUAUCCUCUCUGGGCCUCCAGGGAAAGGGUGCUGGGUGUUUUUCCUGAACAGUGUAACCUAAGAAGGAAAAACUCUAGGUCCUAGUCAUGCCCUCAAUAUACACAUGAGUUUUUCUGGAGUAAAGAAACAUUUAAUUUAUCCUAUUUUUUUUCCAUCAUUGAUGCCAUUCUAAUCUGUGUCCGAGGCCUGAUGUUGUUGCUCUGUGCGAACAGGUAAAGUGUCAUCAGUACUGGCCAAACCCUGACAGCACUGCCACGUACGGCCGCUUCCAGCUGGACUGUCUCACUGAGGAGGGCAACUCCGCUUUCCUGGUCCGAGACAUGACCCUCACACACCUCGAGGUACAUGAUGCUCACCAGUCACUGUUGCUUUUCCCAAUGGCCAGUGCUAAUGCAAUGUCAACUAUUUGGAAGUCAAAGUAAACUCAGCGAAAUGGUGGAUCACAGCUAAAAAUGAUUCAAAGCGUUACAAACACAGCAUUGGAACUAUCGCUUAAAGCGUUUAAAAGAGUUGCCAUGGUGACUCGUCUUAUUUUUCGGCCUCAUGCGGUGCAGGUACGGUGGAUCAUCAUGUUGCCAUAGGGACCGGCAUCUACAGCCAUGAGGCUUCCAGUAUUAACAUGCAGCCUGUGUGUGUUACCAUAGCGACACUGAUAGAUGAUGUUGAAAGGGCAAACACACAUCCCAUAAUAGCUUUGAUUAACCGUGCUGGUCUGGCUGUGCUCCACCAUUGUCAGUGAGGUGUCUCAGUGUGUGUCGUGGUGGGGAAUGUUAAUAAAGGGGGGUGCAGAGCAUAGUCGUUUUUUGUUGUUGUUGUUGUCAUGGCGACAUUGCACUGACUGUACUGUUGUGUUGCCGUGGUGACAGAGCGAGGAGGUCCGGGAGUUGACCCAGAUCCAGUACGUGGCCUGGCCGGACCACGGCGUCCCAGAUGACUCCAUGGACUUCCUGGACUUUGUCAGCCUUGUGCGGAGCAAACGAGCCGGCAAGGAUGAGCCCAUGGUGGUCCACUGCAGGUAGGGAGCAUAAUGCAUGACACACAUCCUUAGAUGUACAGCAAGAAACACUCAAGGAAAUCUCGAGUGAAAAUGGUCUAUGUUUUCACUAAACAACUCUGCAUUCAUCGCAGGGUCCCUCGAUCUGACCUCAGUCCUAGUGUCUUGACUACAGAGGCUACUCCUCUCCCUCUUUGUGGAACUGUCUGAAUGUCCUACUAGACUCCUACACACUGCUGUAGUACACAGUCCAGCAGCCCAGAACACUCCAGAUAGAACACCUAUACACCUUUAGAAAUCCACGUCUCAGGCAGAUAACUUGGCUAAAGUAAGACCUAUCUGACUCAGCCAAGACAUGUCUCAACAACACACUGGAACGUAUUUAAUGUAUAGCGCCCAGGGAUUGGGAGAUUUCUGGAUUCCAAUCUAGACUUCAUUCCAUAAACUGAUCUUUAUGUGUGUUGCUAUAUGCCAGAAAAAUAAUUAUCCACUGUUUUAACCCUCAAUAGUAUAAGCCUAGGGGGGUUCUACUAAGCUAACAUAUGGAAUUGUUUUAAAAUGGUCAUAGUGUGGAUCAUUUAGAUAUUUGAUUUGGAAUUGUAGGACCCCUUUAAGUAUAUACAUGUUUUUUGGGGGGAUAAAACAUUGAAUUUGGCCUUACUGCUAUUAGCCCAUAUAAAAGCAUUGAAAAACAGAUUCAUACAUGGAAAAACAAAUAGUCCCCCAAAAAAUCUAAAGGAAGUAUGUUUUGAAGUGUCUGUCCUAUAUCUGAGAAAUAUAAGAAAGAUCAGGAAACUAUUGUAUUUAUUUUGACACAUAUUUAACGCCUUUUUUUAGGCGCUAAACUAUUCCAUCAUAUUUUUUAACUGGUACCUGGCUACCUUCAGGCGAGUCUUGUGAGGCUUGUGGGCGGCGUAGAGAAAAACUACCGAGAGACUCACCUUUCCAAAGAGGGGUCAUAAUAGUUUGUAGGCCAAACCAUUCGGACGCUACAGAUUUUCGGGAUGUCUCAUGGUCUGACAAACACCACUGUAGCUCUGCCUCCUUUCACUGCAGACGCGGAAGGCUGAUAUCGCCGGAUAUGGUGGAUUGAGACACAGCCCAUGCAGAUAUCUCUAGUUUAAAAAGACAGAUUUGGAUGGGGAUUUUUGUAUAAUGCUAAUUGGAUUUUCAGCGGGGCUGCGGAAUUGACUCGGGUUUUAAAAGGUAGAAAUUAUGUCAUGAGUUUAUAGUGAAACUUCUUCCUCCGCCCCCCUUUCCUCCUCUCCCCUUCUCUCCCGCUCGUGUGUCAUCACUCAGCGCGGGGAUUGGCCGAACGGGAGUUCUCAUUACCAUGGAGACAGCGUUGUGCCUGAUGGAGUGCAGUCAGCCCAUCUAUCCAUUAGACAUAGUCAGAACCAUGAGGGACCAGAGAGCCAUGAUGAUUCAGACCCCCGUAAGUCCUCCUUUCAUAACCUUCUGUUUAUCCUCCUCUCUCUCCUCUCUCUCUCUCUCUCUCUCUCUCUCUCUCUCUCUCUCUCCUCUCUCUCUCUCUCUCUCUCUCUCUCUCUCUCCUCUCUCUCUCUCUCUCUCUCUCUCUCUCUCUCUCUCUCUCUCUCUCUCUCUCUCUCUCUCUCUCUCCCCUCUUUUGCUGUAUCUCUAAUUCUCUCUUCCUCCUCACGCUCUCUUCUUCCUCCCCCUCUUCCUCCUCCUUUUCUGGGCAGGCUCGUCUCUCUCGCCUCAUUCAAGAUGGCUCCUGCUAG